UGUUUGUUUAUCGUGGAAAAUUUCUGCGCCACACGUACCGUUUCAACCGGGAUACGCGAAUGUAGCCUUGAAUUCUUUUCCACUUCCUGUUGUCACCCAAACAGUUUCUCCGACCCACGACGAUGGCACUUCGAAGAUAUGGAUGUCUCUGUGCAAGAUCAGUCCUCAGAACAAACCACACUCGCUUGACUCCAAAAAGACCGUGUUCAUAUUACCCAAUCAAUGAUAACUUAUUUGGAUUGAACAGUGAAGAAAAACAGUUGAGAGAAUCCGUGUUCCAAUUUUGUCAAAAGGAGUUAGCACCAAAAGCUGCUGAAAUCGACAAGCUAAAUGAAUUCAAAGACAUCAAGAACUUCUGGUUGGAAUGUGGCAAACUUGGACUUUUGGGAAUUACUGCUCCAGCUCAGUAUGGAGGUUCAGAGAUGUCAUACAUGGAUCAUGUACUCGUAAUGGAGGAGAUGUCCCGUGCUUCUGCAGCCAUCGCACUUAGUUACGGAGCUCACUCCAACCUGUGUGUAAACCAAUUAGUGAGGAACGGUACAGAGGAACAGAAACAGAAAUAUCUGCCACAGCUGAUCACAGGGGAGAAAGUAGGUGCUCUGGCCAUGAGUGAACCUGGCUCAGGAUCUGAUGUGGUAUCCAUGAAACUCAAAGCUGAAAAAGAUGGUGAUCACUAUGUAUUGAAUGGAAACAAGUUUUGGAUCACAAAUGGACCUGAUGCUGAUGUAUUGGUUGUUUAUGCCAAAACUGAUUUAAAGACAGAAAAACCCCAGCAUGGUAUCACAGCUUUUCUUAUAGAAAAGGGUAUGCCUGGUUUCAGUACAGGCCUCAAGCUAGACAAGCUCGGGAUGAGGGGAUCCAACACAUCAGAACUCAUCUUUGAGGACUGCAGAGUACCAGCUGGGAAUAUAUUAGCAGAAAAGAACCGAGGCGUGUAUGUAUUGAUGAGUGGGCUGGACAUUGAGAGACUGGUAUUGGCUGCUGGUCCCCUCGGGAUCAUGCAGGCAUGCUGUGACGUGGCCUUUGACUAUGCACACCAACGUAAACAGUUUGGUCAGAAGAUUGGCGAGUUCCAGAUGAUCCAGGCCAAGCUGGCUGACAUGUACACUACCCUGAAUGCUUCUAGGUCCUAUACCUACAAUGUAGCGAGGGCGCUCGACCGAGGGGAGAGACACCCCAGUGACUGUGCUGCUGUGAUUCUGUACACUGCUGAGGCGGCCACAAAAAUGGCACUGGAGGCAAUCCAAAUUCUGGGUGGUAAUGGCUACAUCAACGACUAUCCUACAGGUAGAUUGUUACGCGAUGCUAAACUAUACGAAAUUGGAGCUGGAACUAGUGAGGUUCGCAGACUUGUGAUUGCCCGAGCUAUAAAUGCCCAUUACAACUCCUGAAAAAAAAGUGAAGACCCGAGAUUGACCGAGACAUUGACCGAGACACGUUUUUGUUACUCAAAGAUGAAAUAUUUAUAUGUAUAAGAUAUUCUGAGCUGGAACCCAGAUAUUAUAAGAUUGUAAGACAUUUCGAUCAAUUCACUGUUUGUUGCUCAUAAUUUUCAGUCUUUAUAUUCGUCCUACUUAGCCUGUAAAAUGUUCCCACACAUUUUCAGAAAAGGAUUCGGUGUAUGAAUACUCAUCAGUACUUACCAACUUCUAUUUAUAGCUAAUCAGUGUAACUAAUCAGUGUUGCAUCUCAACAAUUUACAAGAAGAUGCAGUAUUCUGUAUUUACAGCUUAUCAGUGUUACAUCUCAACAAUUUACAAGAAGAUGCAGUAUUCUGUAUUUACAGCUAAUCAGUGAUACAUCUCAACAAUUGAUAAGAUCACAGUAUACUGUAUUUACAGCUAAUCAGUGUAACUAAUCAGUGUUACUAAUCAGUGUUACAUCUCAACAAUUAAUAAGAUCACAGUAUACUGUAUUUACAGCUAAUCAGUGUAACUAAUCAGUGUAACUAAUUAGUGAUACAUCUCAACAAUUUGAUAAGAAGAUCGCAGUAUACUGUAUUUACAUCUAAUCAGUGUUGCAUCUUAACAAUUUGUAAAAUUGUCCUGAUGAAGCUUCACCUUUAGAAGCGAAAUUAGUUGACCAAUUAACUUAAAAACCCACUUAAUUGGUGACGCUUGAGUAUCUUGUGAUUAGGAUCUUUCUUUAAAUCUCAAAACUUUGUUAUUACAGACUCAAGAUCACAGAAUACUGCAUGACAUCUGUAUCAGGUUUAGUGAAACAGUAAUUUGAUAAUCUCCAUCUAAUCCAAAAUAACAAAUUUUCUGGAUUAAAGAAACAUGCAUUACCAGUUUAGACUAGUGAAGCGAAGUAUCAGAAGAUAUGCCACAGUCUUUAGUGAAUAGAGUUGGUGUCGGGGUUAGCUAGACUCUGGUGUAUAUAUAUAUUUCUGUGAUACAGUUGUUGUAAUAGGUGUUAGAGAGAGUGUGGUGGCAACUUUGAUAUAUUUAAUCAAUUUGUCUUGAUGGCCCCAAUAUUAUACAUAGUAGCUGUUAGGUCAGACAGUGUCAGGACAACAGCUAAUUAUCUCAGGUAUUUCUGACACCACUACAGAAAAGUGUCAAAGACAAAAUAUAGAAUAUUGUUUUUGUUUAGAUUCAGUGAAUGUGAUUGAUAAAAAUAAUGAAAUUCAGUCCUUUAUCAUGUUGUACAUUUAACCUAGUCAUGUUGUACAUUUAACCUAGUCAUCAUCAGCUCCUCUGAUAAAGAACUAAACAGGCUUAUAUCUCCCAUAACAUCUAUAGGUUUCCUCACGGCUCAGCCAUUGGAUACUGGUACAAUAUAUUGGUAAGUAUUAUGUGGGUUACAUGUUGUUAGUCUUUUCCUUGGUUAAUGCUGUAAAUGAGUUGUAAGUGUCAGCCACACACAAAAUGAAAUAGCAAUGCUUUGGGUUGGAGAUUGUAGUCGUCAGUAAUAAUAAGGGCGUAACGAUUGUUACGGGAGAAAAAGCGUAAGGUCCCUGAACUACUGACAAAGGUAAUGAGAAUUGUCCAAUGGAAGAAGUCUCAAUAUUAUCAAAACAAAAUGUGUUGCUCUGUUAUUUGUAAAAAAAAGUAACAAGUACAUGAAUCUUUUAUAAAAAAAAAUCAGAAACACAUAGAUCUGUAAAGCAACUGUGCUUUCAUUAUCAAUCUUUAGAUGCUGUAUACAUAGCUACACAGAUACACGUUAUAAUGUCAUUAAUAAAAUAGAUAAUGAUAGUCCUAAUGCUUUACAGAUCUAUGUGUUUCUGAUUUUUCAAAACUUUUCAUAUAUUUAAUGGACAAUGAGAACAUAGGGUUUUCAUAUAUAUAUUUGUAUGUACAAUUUUUCUUCAAGAUUUUGUUUUGCUGUGCAUUGAUACAUUGUCUUUUACAUAUCAGAUUUGAUAAUGUCAGGAUCAAAGGUUGAUGGUGAUCUGCAUUUGUGAUCAUGUUUUAAUACAGUAAGAACUCCAGGAGAGUAAUUAGUUCUCGGAACAAUAAAAUAUGUUGACAAAGACCCCCAGGGGACUUACGGCAUCAGUAUAGGCUAAGGAAUCAGUAUAGGCUAAGGAAUCAGUAUAGGCUAAAUUUGAUAGAGUUUAAUGACGAUGAGAUGAUUCUUUGACCCGGGAAUCACAACAUUUAUCAUGCUCAUACUGUGCAUGUCUUACGGUAUUUUAAUUCCAAUGAAUUACACAGUAUGAUGUAUUUUAAUUCAAUACAGUGAUAUUUUUUCCAUUCCAAAUAGGAAAUGAUGUCAUUUAAAGUGAUCACGAUAAUAAAACAUAAAAUUACUU